AUGAGUGGUGAACACACAGGCUUCUUCUAUGGUACCUUGAUGGCGCGCGAGGUAUUCUACAGCGUCUGCUAUGGCCAGUCGGACCCGCCAGCUGCAUUCAAGCAGAUGCACACCUUUUCUCCAGCUUUGCUCGAGGGCUACUGCCGCCACCGCGUCCAGUACGCGGACUACCCAGGCAUCAUAGCCGAAGAGAACCAUCGCGUCAUGGGCGUCUACGUCACUGGUCUGACGGACGCCAACAUGGUCAAGCUGGACUACUUUGAAGGUUCCGAGUACAAGCGCCAGAAGGUUAGGGUCCAGUUGCUGGACGGGGAGGAUGGCAAGCCCGUCGAGGGCGAGGAGAAGGAGGCCGUGACCUACGUCUACAUGGACCCCAAGGGUCUCGAACGUAAAGAAUGGGACUUUGAGCAGUUCCGCAAGGACAAGCUGCGGUACUGGAUCCGUGACGGAUGUGCGACUGAGGAUCCCGACGACAAAGCUGCGGUGGACGGAGAGACCAAGUAG